GUCAACAAUACGUUUAUAUUGACUUCAAUCAUCUCUAGAAUGUGUAUUGAACUUUCUAUUAGCCCUUGCCUAACAGUGAUACUCCAAAAAAUCCAAGUCUACUGCUUCUUGAUUUCCGGAUGGCACAGUAGUGUGGGUCACAUUGGUUUGUUUGUCUUGGCAUUUCUGACAUGUCAUCCUCUCUUUCGCUCGCAAUGAGAAGCACUUGACAUUUGACCUGCGUUCAAGCCCAAGAUCAUUGUUUGCAUCGACACAAAUGAAGCGGUCGCGCUCUUGCUCCCCUAUGCGUUCACCUCCGAAGCGCGUUCAUACGACCGCUGGUCCUACGACUGCUUGCCUUACGACUGACGCUCUCAAGGAGCAUGACCAAAACACACGCCCCGUCUCUCUUCUCACGCUUCUCGAUAUGGCUCCAGAGCAGAGAAUAAGCGGCUUAUCAGAUAUUCCAAUACUUCCUCCUUCGUCCACACGCUCUUCACAACGGUCGCGGUCCAGCAGCCCAUCCAGACCAAGUGAUGCACAAUAUCGUCGCGGACCUCUCCGACGUGCAAAUAUCCGUGUCGAUGAUGAGAUUCCCAUGGAUAUUAGUCGUUAUACAGACAAUAAUAUUUUUCAUACAUUGAAUGAUGAUAAUGAUCUAUACAGGAUCUCUGAAAAGCUCUGGAGCAAAUCUAAGGAACUCGUCAAGAAACCAUCAGGGGAAGCCGAAUGGACGGAAGCUUUAUACACAGCAAUUGACGAGUUGAAGCCCCCUGGGCUCGAAAUUGCGCGCAAUCGAGACUGGCGUGAAGAUCUGAAACCUCCGGUGCAUAACCCUCUGCCUACUAUACCGCGAAAACGAAACCAGUCACAUCAAGUUCUACCUGGAAACGUAACUACUGACAGCCUAUAUCCAUCUCCACAUUCCUCCCACGCAGUCGAACCAGCCAUUCCUGUAUUCAAGCUCAAGGAUCCCCGGCCAGAUAUAUGUGUCGGUUUGUCCGACGAGAACCUAGCAACGGCCCUUGAACCUAAGAAGGGUCGUGGUGAUGCACGAAGCUUUCUAUUUGACUUGCAAGAUAUCUCCAGCCUAAUCAGUGACCCCCAUAUCACUUCUUUGGGUCUUCGGUUUCCCUUUCUGAUAGUCGAAGCAAAGGCCGGUGCAACUGGCGGGAACUUAUACCAGGCACAAAACCAAGCUGCAGUAGGUGGCUCAACAGCACUCCAGAUCUUCAAAAAUCUUUUAGACCUUAAAGAUGUCCAAGAUUUGGAUGAGCAAAACCAGGAAAUUCUUGGAGAUAGUACAGGGUCUGCCCAAGGGUUGCCUGACAACAUAUUACACCUCGCCUUUUCUGUCACCACGGAGGGCCCAAUUCACGAACUAUGGCUCCAUUUCCAGAGAGCCAAAGAAGAAGACUUCUACAUGGUAUGCUUGGGGACUUGGAGGACGACAUUGAAAGACAGCUCGUUAAAUUUCUUACGCCAUCUCUUAGCAAUAUUGAGAUGGGGGGAUGGUGAAUUAAAGGAUAAUAUUGUUAGCAUUCUUCAAGGUUUAUGAUAUGUUUAAAGGAUAAAACCAUCCCAAACGUCCCAACAGACUUAAUCAGAACCGAAGGCCUUCGGCCUUCCACGUAAUUAACAAAAAGUUUUCUCGCGUCUGGUCUACUGUACAUCGUUGACAGAACCCUUGCUUUCCCACUUGACCCCGUCCCAACUCAG